AUGAAGGUCGCAAUGUGCAACCAGGCUUUGCCGGGGUUUCGCUCCGGGUUGAUUUGUCCACGUCAGCAUCUACGACGCUACAUGCCUGUUCGCGUCGCAAAGAAGCAGCUGGUCGUACCAAUGCCAUACUGCAGAUGGUUGUUCUAUUCAUGUGGGCAAUUCUCCAUCAUGACGCUGGGUGCGGCCGUUCAUAGGUGCUGGGGUUGCUGUUGCCUUGCCUUUGUCGUUUUGCUGGCCGGGCUGAACUAUUGGCGUGAGCCUACAUUUGGAAUGCGCCGACACGUGGAUAUGCUUGCAGUUGCAGUAACAGUUAUAUACCACAUGUGUGUGGCUUGGGGUGUCACCGGUGGUGGAAUCAAUGCAUCUGGUUCAGCUUUGCUGACCUCUCCUCUUCGGCCAUUGAUGGGAAGUGGACCAUUGGUGCCUGCCCUUGGCCCAGCAGGCUAUUCGCUGCUGACUGUCGUUUUUGUGACGAUGUAUCUGCGCGCUAGGCAUCAUGCUGCCCGCAAGGAGUUUCACACUAGCACCCCGUGGCAUUUGGGCGUCCAUUUGCUGGGAAACCUUGGAAACCUGUUGCUCUACCCGGGUGUGCGGCAAUGA